UGUAACAACAAAGUCCCCCCUCCCCCCUACCCAUCUCCUUCUCCCUCUCGAUUUCGACACCCAAACCCCCCACCCUACACUCACGCAUACAGAUCAACCACGGAGCGCCACCCCCUUGAAUUUCCCCAAAUUGCCCAUUCCAGAAUCGCCCCGCAGAUUUGCAGGUACUGUUUUCCGAGGAGGAAUGGACGUAAGGUUCAUCUCUGAGGUGUUGGCGCCAGCAUGCACCGCAUAAGAUACGUGGAUUCUUCCACUGCGGUAUAUUGAUUUCCCUCGAUUUGCUCGAUUUUGGAGAAUAGGAUGCCGCAUCAAGCGGUGAAUGUGAAGCGCGAGGCGCUGGCGCCAUGCAUGACAUGCCCCAUCUGCCACAAGCUCCUCCGCGACGCCACAACUAUUAUCGAAUGCCUCCAUACUUUUUGCAGGAAAUGCAUAUAUAAGAAGCUGGAUGAUGAGGAGAUGGAGUGUUGUCCGAAGUGCAAUAUUGAUUUGGGAUGUGUUCCAUUGGAGAAGUUGAGGCCGGAUCAUACAGUGCAAGAUGUAAGGGCCAAACUAUUUCCUGAUAAGAGGGUCCAGGUGAAGGCUACUGAAGACAUGAGUCCUGUUUCAUUGCCUGCAAAGAGAAAGGAAAGGUCUCUCUCAUCAUUGGUUGUCAGCACUCCCCGAGUAUCAACUCAUGUUGGAAUGACUGGAAGAAGAUCAAAAUUCAUCACAAGAAAAGCAUCAAAGGGCUCCAGUUUUAACAUAGAAAAAACUGCUGUGAACUCUGUUGAAGAUGAUCCUGAGAGCUGUAGCUCACCCGAGAUGUUGAACAAGUAUAUGAGACAGAAAGCUGCUACUGGUGAACCAUCAAACAACCCUACUCCUGAUAAAGGAAAAGAGAAUGGCUCAGAGCAUCGUGAUGGAAAGUAUGAUCUUUGGAAGCCAUUAAAUUGUUUGGUUGAAGCAGCAAAUAGAAGCAAGCCUUCUAAAUACAGCUUACAAGGAUCUCGUAUCAAAUCUGAAGAGCUGAAUUCUUUUGAUGGUAAUGAUUUUCUCAGUAGAUUCAAGGAACCAAAGAAGAAAGCGAAAGUUAAAGAUGAGAAGAAUAGGAGCCCCCCUCCAGAAUCUGAAAGGCCUAAAAAAGUGCGCAAGCCCCGUCAGAAGGCCCAGGAUUUUGGGGAACUCAGGAUUCCUCCUCAGGCUGUGCUUGAUGCUGCUAGUGCUGAACUUGGCAAGAGAAAUUGUCCGAUUUGGUUCUCAUUAGUUGCUUCAGAUGAAUGGAAAGAAGAUGCAACUCCCUUGCCUCAGAUUCCAACCAAUUACUUGAGAAUAAAGGAUGGAAAUAUACCGGUCUCCUUCAUUCAGAAGUACCUCAAGCGAAAGCUCAAUCUUGCAACUGAAGAUGAGAUCGACAUAAAAUGCAUGGGACAAACAGUCGUCCCCACUCUGCCGCUCAACACUCUAGUUGAUCUGUGGCUUCAAACAAACGGCUCGGGAAGAGUAUCUGCGACAAUCGGUUCAUCUGCAAAGGAAUUCAUAAUGGUGCUGGGAUAUGCUCGCCGAGCUGCUGUCCCCUAAUUCUUGGUCAUCCUUUUCCUUCUCCUAUAAUAUAUAUCAAGCUUCAUCCAUGAGCUGCUGCCCUUACAAUGACUUGGGCUGCUUUUGUAGCCCAUCCUUCCAACUGUUGCUGCUGCCCGUGGGGGCACUCCUUAGUGUUGCAUGUCUAUGACUCUUGUCUGUAUUUAUAUUUGAUCGUUUAAAGUUAUGAAACCAGCACAGCAAGUCAGAUUGAUUAUUUACUUCUGCACAAUCAAUUUGGACAUUGUUUGGUUA